AUGAAUGAGAGGGAGGUGUGUGGGUUAUGGUGGUCGCUGCCAGAUGAGGUGGCUGUGGAUUACCUGGCUCAGGUGUCGAGAUUGGACCUGGUGGCCUUAGCCAUGGUCUCCAGGAGACACCGGUUUGUCUCAGAGUCCCAUAAUCUCAGGGCCUUGAGAUUUCAGAUGGGUAGCGUGGAGCCAUAUUUGUACGUAUUUAUGCACAUGUAUCCAGAUCCAAGCCCACGGUGGUUCGUCCUCCACCCCGUGCAACGUCUGCUCAAACCGGUCCAUUCGAGCUUGCUUCCGGCCCCGGAAGAAGGGUCCUGUUUCGUGCAGACGGAUUGGGGGAUCUAUAUGAUCGGUGGACUUGUGAACGGCAAACCCACAUCGGAAGUUAGGUUUUUUGAUUGUAUCAACCACACAGUGUACCGCAUUACGUCCAUGAAGAUGGCUCGAAGCGGAGCAUCAGCAAGCUUGAUAGACAAGAAGAAGAUAUCGUGUUUGGAGGGUGCUGGGAUGUCGCUGAUUCCUCAAACUGGGUAG